AUGGACACCCUACCGCUUGAGCUCAAGCAGCGUGUCUGCAGCUACCUUACACCCAAUGAUCUGAAGUCACUCAGGUUGACGUCGAAGGCCCUUGUUUCGGCUGCUUGUCGUGACUUUCUCCCGCGCAUCUUCCUGCACAAUCAUCCCGGCAGUUUUGAGGAGAUACAGGACAUCACCAACCAUCCUGAUCUGAAGCACUCAGUGACUACCAUGGUUGUCGACACAUCCUGUCUGAGCUCUUGUCCGAGAUAUGAUGACUGGAUUCGAUUCUUUAUACCAACUCCGACAUACCGAGCAGAGCUACAGAGUUUGGAAAUGCCUGCGGGCAUCUCAGAUGCUCGGACAGUACGAAGGUUGCGUAGAGAGAAAGUUUGCGAAAAAUGGAAGGCAUACCAAAACAGAGCUUCCGGCCAACGCAAGAAGUUUUCCAAAGACUGCAUGUUCAACAGUAUCGCCCUCGCUUUCCAGCUAUGUCCAAGGCUCAAAAAUCUCAUCAUCGAGGGCAGAUACCAUAAUAGCCCUGAGUUGUCCAGGAGAAGAAUUCGCCUUUACCAGAACGACUUGCCUUCACCCGACACACACACUGCAGUUCAUUACUUAUCUACUUGGGAUCCCAUGACUUUCGACAUUUGGGAGUUACUCAAGCCUAUUCAUGAGGUUGGUCGAACACUGGAAUCCCUUGUGCUGCUCGACCUAGGACUCGUGUGCUCUGAGGGUUCUACUCUUCCCACAACACCAAUCUUUACAAACUUGAAGCACCUCCGCGAGAAUGGUUGCCCUGAGAACUUCCUAACAUUCAUUUUGACCUCCGCACCAGCUCUCGAAAGUUUCGGGACCGAAGAUGGCUUCGGUUACAGGUGGGGUUCCUCGAUGUUGUCUCUGAUAAAUGCACCUCCUCUCCCAAAACUUCGAGCCUGCAGUUUGCGAAACCCGAGCAACGAAGAUCUCCUGAUACGGUUCCUUCUACGCCACUCAAGCACUCUGCAAAGACUCCGAAUCUACAACAGUAGAACGUACCAUUCCCCAGUAGACUGGACUUCAUUCUUUACGCGUGUCAAGGGCAAGUUAUCCAAUCUGAGACGUGUCGAGCUCAUCAAUCUUGAAACUGGACCUCGUACAUACAACACUAUGGCACGUUCAGUUGUUUCCAUUGUCGCGGAUGAGAAAGAUAUAUUACAAGACCAUGAGCACGAAUUGGAGACGGGUCCAAUGGCGAUCUAUGAUGGCCUUUGGGAGGACUAUGAGACCACGUUCUUCCCACAACAUGGCAUGUGGUAA